AUGACGCUUGCUUUGCGCACUCGUGCAUACCUUGGCAUCACGCUUUUGGCCCUACUAUAUCUCUUGUGGAAAGGUCUUUUUGGCGGCCUUUUCGGGUUAUUCAGUCCCAGGCAGACAACGUCCGAUCUGGCCGAUGUAGGAUCUGAAUUUCGUCGAGUCGAGUUGGAAACGCAAAGAAUCGAUUUGCCCUUUUUGGAUCUGAACACCUUGAGAUCUCCCCAUUGGAAUAUCGCUGGAGAUGUGGUCAUAGACAACUACAACUAUGUUGCCUUGACCAGUGACAAGCCACACCAAGCGGGCUUACUAUUCAACAAAAAUAGCUUUGAUGCCGAGUCUUUCGAAAUGGAAUUGACUUUCCAUAUUCAUGCUGCAUCCAAGCUCAGCGCUGAUGGAAUGGCGAUCUGGCUCACAGAGAAGCCAUCUUCAAUUGGCGAAGUUUUUGGCGCACGCAGCAACUUCAAUGGUCUUGGAAUUUUCAUCGACACAUUUCGCAAUGGCCCCACUGGCCAUUUCCCAUACGUCAGUGCUCAGUUCAGUCGUGGCGGCUCCGAAUACAAUAAAGAUGACGACGGUUUGAGCACUCAGCUCGGCGGCUGUACUGCCAAGUCUUUGCUAAAUCCAAACUCAGGGAAAACAAAAAUGAAACUUUUGUACUUGAAGAAUGGAUAUCUCUCCGUCCAAUUUAACUACAAUCCUGAUGAAUUCGAUAAUUGGCACAAGUGUUUUACAAUCUACGAUGUUGAUCUUCCUCGGACCAGAUACUUGGGAUUCUCUGCUGAGACAGGAGAGCUUUCUGAGAGUGUUGAGCUUCUAGGCAACACUGUCCACGCUUUGUUCGAGUCUGACCAGGAUGUAUAUAUCGACUCGCCUGAUCAAGUGGAACGCUAUGCAGAAAAAGCAGUCGAGGAGCCUCAAGAUGUACCAACAGACAGCCGGAAUAAGCAUCAAAGAAGAAGAAAGUCUGCUCGCCGUAUGAAGCUUACUGAGGAUCGGGUUCAACAGAGAGCACGCGCUCGCAGAUUAGAGAAGUAUGGUGAUCCAGAUGCCACGUUUGUCAGAAGGUGCUGGUCAAAGUUCAUGAAAGCUGUAAAAAUCACUGUUGCGCUUGCCUUCUUGGCAUGUUUUGGAUGGGUGGUGCGCCUUGUAUUGAAGACACGGCGUCAAAAGCGUCGCUCCACACGCUCAACCGGAAUCCUCAGCUAG